UUAUUCUCUUGGACUGACCAAUUCAAUAUAUCCCUGUUAUUCUCUUGGACUGACCAAUUCUAUAUAUUCCUGUUAUUCUCUUGGACUGACCAAUUCAAUAUAUCCCUGUUAUUCUCUUGGACUGACCAAUUCUAUAUAUUCCUGUUAUUCUCUUGGACUGACCAAUUCUAUAUAUCCCUGUUAUUCUUUUGGACUGACCAAUUCUAUAUAUUCCUGUUAUUCUCUUGGACUGACCAAUUCUAUAUAUUCCUGUUAUUCUCUUUGACUGACCAAUUCUAUAUAUUCCUGUUAUUCUCUUUGACUGACCAAUUCUAUAUAUUCCUGUUAUUCUCUUUGACUGACCAAUUCUAUAUAUUCCUGUUAUUCUCUUUGACUGACCAAUUCUAUAUAUUCCUGCUAUUCUCUUUGACUGACCAAUUCUAUAUAUUCCUGUUAUUCUCUUUGACUGACCAAUUCAAUAUAUUCCUGUUAUUCUCUUUGACUGACCAAUUCUAUAUAUUCCUGUUAUUCUCUUUGACUGACCAAUUCUAUAUAUUCCUGUUAUUCUCUUGGACUGACCAAUUCCACUAG